UUGCAACUCUAAGACAAUUUCAAAUUCUAGAGAAAAAACAAUAUUUAGUACUCUAAUUAGUAGUAAUUGUUCAUUGCAAGGAAUUCCAAGAUAGCAUCAAGUAAAAGGAAUUCAUCAAGCAAGGGUAACCAAAGGAAUCUAAUUCCCAUUCUCUUUUUAAUUUGCUCAAUUACUUGUUACUAUAAAUUCAUUCCAUAACUACUGUUGAACCAUAAGUCUUAUUUCAUCAUUUUUCUUGGUUGAAUUUUGUGAAAUCAAAUAAAAAGAUGGCUUUGUCACACGUCCAAACCCUAGAAGAAAUAGAAGAACAUGUAAUUAGCCCGGUUUUUGCUUCAAGAUAUGCCCAUGAACCCCUUCCAAAGUAUAGGAUGCCAAAGAAGACUAUACCAAAAGAUGUGGCUUACCAAAUAAUACAUGAUGAGCUUAUGCUAGACGGAAACCCACGGCUGAACUUGGCAUCCUUUGUGACGACUUGGAUGGAACCUGAAUGUGAUAAGCUUAUGUCUGAAGCCAUCAACAAGAACUACGUCGACAUGGACGAGUAUCCUGUCAGCACUGAGCUCCAGAAUAGGUGUGUCAAUAUGAUCGCACGAUUGUUUCAUGCACCGUCGGUAAAAGGUGAACAUGGUGUAGCAGUAGGAGUGGCAACAGUGGGAUCAUCUGAAGCAAUAAUGUUGGCUGGAUUAGCUUUCAAGAAGAAAUGGCAGAACAAGAGAAAGGCUGAAGGGAAGCCCUUUGACAGACCAAACAUCGUUACUGGUGCCAAUGUUCAGGUAUGCUGGGAAAAGUUUGCAAGGUACUUUGAUGUGGAGCUGAAAGAGGUGAAGCUAACAGAAAAGUGCUACGUGAUGGACCCAGCAAAAGCUGUAGAAUUGGUGGAUGAGAACACAAUAUGUGUGGCUGCCAUUCUAGGAUCUACACUUAAUGGCGAGUUUGAAGAUGUCAAGCUUUUGAACGACCUUCUUGCUAAAAAAAACAAGAAAACAGGGUGGAACACUCCGAUACAUGUAGAUGCAGCAAGUGGGGGAUUUGUGGCUCCAUUUGCAUACCCAGAUCUCAAGUGGGACUUUAGACUACCAUUGGUGAAGAGUAUAAAUGUGAGCGGGCAUAAGUAUGGCCUGGUUUAUGCCGGAGUUGGGUGGGUUAUCUGGAGGAGCAAAGAAGACCUCCCGGAAGAGCUUGUCUUCCACAUUAACUACCUUGGCACUGAUCAGCCUACAUUCACCCUUAACUUCUCCAAAGGGGCAAGUCAAAUAGUGGCACAGUAUUAUCAGUUCCUAAGGCUGGGGUUUGAGGGGUACAAGCAUGUCAUUGAAAAUUGCAUAGAAAAUGCCAAAACACUCCGAAAAGGAUUGGAAAAAAUGGGGCGGUUUGACAUUGUCUCAAAAGACCAAGGAAUACCACUAGUGGCCUUUGCCUUUAAAGAUGAGAGCAAAAGCCUAGCAUUUGAACUGUCAAAAGCCCUAAGGCACCAUGGAUGGAUUGUCCCAGCAUACACAAUGCCUGCUGACAUUGAGCAUAUAACAAUCCUCCGAGUUGUGGUCAGGGAGGAUUUUGGGAGGCAAAUGGUGGAUAAACUACUCUCACACAUAAAGCAGGCACUACCAGAACUCACAGAUAGUGUUCCAAAGAUAACUUUCACGCUGGAAGUCAAACCAAGUGAAGGUGGUCAAGAUGCUGAAGAGGGCUCUUUGCACAUACCAGAAACCUCAGUCCAUUGGAAGAAAGACGAGCAUAAAGUGGUUCAUAAGGAAGUAAAAGUGACGGGAGGGAAGACCAAGGGUCCUUGUUAGAAUGUCUGAGUUCCAAGUAAAUUCAUGAGCAGUAAAUCUAUGGCUUCAAUAUGUAAUGUAAUAAAAGUAGAAAAAUAAUAAUAAACAGAACAUUCAUCUCUCUUAAAA